AUCCUCAUCUUCUAAACUGUGUCCUUCAGGUAUCGAAUGUACAGGAAGAGUCAGACGACAGGCUUCCCUUCUUUAAUCACCAUCUUCUCUGCUCCGAACUACCUGGAUGUGUACAAUAACAAAGCGGCGGUGCUGAAAUAUGAGAAUAACGUGAUGAACAUCCGUCAGUUUAACUGCUCUCCUCACCCCUACUGGCUGCCCAACUUCAUGGACGUCUUCACCUGGUCGCUGCCCUUUGUCGGAGAGAAAGUCACAGAGAUGCUGGUGAACGUGUUGAACAUCUGCUCUGACGACGAGCUGAUGUCAGAAGGAGACGACACGUGUGAAGGAGGAACUCCAGCCGUGAGGAAGGAGGUGAUCAGAAACAAGAUCCGGGCGAUUGGAAAGAUGGCUCGAGUGUUCUCUGUGCUGCGAGAGGAGAACGAGAGUGUGUUGCAGCUGAAGGGUUUGACCCCGACAGGAACGCUGCCGGUGGGAGUUUUGUCCGGCGGUCGGAGAACUCUGCAGAGCGCCACCGUAGAGGCAGAGGAGGCAAAAGUAAGUGUUCUCUGCUGGUCUAACCAGUGCUCCCAGUAUCCUGUAUUCAUAAACUAGUAAUAACUGUAUUCAUAAACUAGUAAUAACUGUAUUCAUAAACCAGUAAUAAUUGUAUUCGUAAACCAGUAAUAAUUGUAUUCAUGAACCAGUAAUAGCUGUAUUCAUGAACCAGUAAUAACUGUAUUCAUGAACCAGCAAUAACUAUUAAAACAACAGUAAUAACUAUUCAUGAACCAGCGACAACUGUAUUCAUGAACCAGCGACAACUGUAUUCGGGAACCAGCGACAACUGUAUUCGGGAACCAGCGACGGCUGUAUUCGGGAACCAGCGACGGCUGUAUUCGGGAACCAGCGACGGCUGUAUUCGGGAACCAAUAUAUCAGAAUAAUAUCAGAAUAUGUAGUUCAUGUAAACGUGUCAUUUUAAACAUAAUAAAGUCAGUAUGUUUAGUAUAUAUUCUAUGUAUAAUCU